CUGUCCUAAGAAACCAUAUUUCAUGUUUUUCUCUGUUGGUUAAGAAUAACUUGGGUGAUAAUCAAUCAAAGUUUUUUCAUUAGAAUUAAAUCUAAGCAAUAUGUCAGUGACUCGUAGGUUGGAGAGGUUGAAGCUAGAAGAAAAGAUUGCAAAACUUGCUCGAGUUCAUGAACAUCUUUUACCUGGUGUAAUUGAUAUGGACAUGAUAAACAAACAUGUGUAUGAACAAGGGCCUAAAGGAGAGGCGGGCAGAGUGGCACAAGAAGAAGGCAUAGAUUUAGGGGAUGUGACAGCUCUACGGCUAGAAUAUCUAAGAAUAUUAAAAAUUGAUCAUUUAUGGGUACUACCAAACCUCACAAAAUUGCAGCUUAACAAUAACUCUAUUGAAAGCAUUGACAACCUGCAUACUUUGAUACAUUUAAAAGAAUUGGACCUGUCCUUCAACCAUAUUCAGGUUAUUGAAAAUUUAGAGGAGCUUUCCAAGCUGGAGAUUCUGCACCUGUACCAAAAUCAUAUUUCAUGUCUAGAAAAUCUAGAGAACCAGAAGAGCCUAACACUUCUUAGCUUAGGACUGAAUCAUAUAGAGGAUUGUGAGAGCACAAUUUUAUAUCUGCGCCGUUUUAGGAAACUUAAGUCCUUAAAUUUGGCUGGGAAUCCGAUGUGUGGAAAAGAGAAAUUUGUUGACUAUGUGUAUGCAUUUCUUCCUGAUCUUGUAUUCUUUGAAUACACAAUGAUAAGCAAGAAAGACAAAGAAUUAGCUAAAGAAAUAUUCCGGGAGGAACUAUCUUCCUUGCAAUCAGAAGAAGAGAAGCACCUCGCGGAGAAAUUGAGUGCAGAGCAGGAGGCUGCCGAAAUUGAGUUACAUUCGGUUGCAUUUGUUGAACGUUUAAACAGCAAUCAGCUCUUUCAAGCAAUGUUUGAAAAUGACACGGAUGGCCAGACUCUUGUUAAGAUAAGUGAAGAAACAAAAGAGUUUUAUGAAACAUUUUGUGAAGAAAUGACAGCUCUCUGUCGAGAACUGUUUCAAAUGGGCCAGGAACAACACGUCCUCCGAAAAAAAGAACAUGAUGAUUUUACUAACUGUGUGAAUGAAGCCAAAUUGAAAAGCCAGCAAGAAAGUCAAAAAAUCCUUGAGGCAUUUGUUGAACAACAGAAGAAUAUCAAAGACCAAGUCGGCCAAAUGUUAAACUUCCUCUCUUCAGCUGAAGAUGAUGGCGAGAGUGACAACAGAUCUGAAAUAAUAGCUGAAUCUGCCAUGGUAAUCUCAAACUGUGUAGCUGAGUUUGAUGACUUGAUUCAAAAUACUUGGCGAAUAUUGAUGCACAAUGAACUAUCACUCACAGAGCAAAUGGAGGAAGUGAAUUCUAUGUUAGAGCGAGACAUGAGUGAUAUGGUCAACGUUAUGCUUGAACAAGCUCUUGGUUACUUUGUUGCUAUGCGCUCAUUGCAAGAAUCAUUCAAUGAGCAGCUUACAGAGGCGUCACACCGAUAUCAAACUGUGAUUGCUUUGGACUCUGAUGAUGCUGCCAGCAUUUCAUCUCAGUUGCGAGAGAUUAUGAUUGACAAAGAGAGUUUGAGCAAUGCAUUAGCCAAUUCACAUGAAAAACAUUUACUCGUGAUUGACACCAGAGAAGAUAUUCUGAUGACUAGAAUUAAAGCUUGGCAUGAAGAAGUGUGUGAGAACCUACAAAAGAGAGAAGUGGCUCGAAGUCGUGCAAGGGUUCUUGAAAUCAAUAGGUUUCUAGAUCUGCAAAGAGAUGAAUUUGAAGAAAUGUUGGCUUCUCGUCCUGAUGAUUUAAUAUUGUUGAUGGAGGUUCAGGCUCAAGAAAAAGGCAGAGGCAUCACUAUAUUAAGCAGUGAAGUGGCGGAGGAGGAAGGUGAUGAAAGAGAGGAAGAGUUCCAAGACCAAAGAGGGAGCGAUGCAUAUGACGAAAAAGCUGAGGCCAGUUUGGAGGCUGAUAAUCCUUUCAAUAGAGAGAUGAAUCCACUGGUUCAACAAAGCCAGUCAAGUCACCAUAGCUCCGGAAACAUAUUGGAUGAAUAAAGUCAGCUGAAUCUGAA